GAAGUUUCUGUUGAAUCAUUUGACUCUGAGUCACACAGUGUGUAAUUAAUACGUCAGUUUGGCUCCGCCCACAUCACAUAACCAGACUAAACCUUCACUUUGCUCUCAGACAACAUCGGACAUUGAACACGGGGUCAUGGAUCAGCAGCACGGUAACGGUGAUGUCCAGACGUCUGCGGAGGACAGUCUGGAGUUCAAACUCUUGAUGGCAUACACUCGCAAGAGAGGGGUGCAGAAGGAAUCAUUUGACUCUGAUCCCGUCCCGUCUUCACCACAGCCGGCUGAAGAUGACAGCAAACCAAAGAAAAAUAAAAGAAAGAAGAGACUGUCUUUCCUCUUCAAGUGUAUUAAACCACAGACAGAUGAACCACCAGAUGUACAGCAGCCAGCGGCAUUAGCGGGUUCAGAUGAUGAGAAAGUGGACGAGAUGGAGAACAUGGUCAGUGAACUGACGCAGAUAUCAGACUCUGUGCACUUCACUCCAUGUGAAAUAGAACCAGACUCUGAUGAUAUUGUGGAAAAGCUGGUUGAGCUCCUCAGAGAACAUGGUGAUAAACUGGACAAAAUGAUUAAGGAAGACAAGGUGUUACAUGAGAAGCUGCAGUCCUCUCUCACAUACAGCUUCUACAAGAAAGUGAUGGAAGCUUUCUGCGGAAGUGUUUCUCCAGAUGUGCCUCCAGAGCAGAAAGACAAGAAAGUCAAUGUGGCUUUGGUCUGUGAAGCCACCAGUCACCUUGUUGGAAUCCACUACCAUCCGAUGACCUUCAUGCUGAGCUUAGGUGCCCAGUAUCUACAGGAAAAAUACUCCACGUGGAUUGUCAGAAACAUGCAUGUAGGCAAUGGAGAAGUUAGUGACGAAUCCAAAGAGGAAGUCCAGUGAGCAGAAGAGAUGCUCUCCUCACUUUACAAACAUCAUUCUCAGGGGCACAGGCACUUUAUUAACCUGAAAAAGUGAUUUAUUUAUUUUUUUUCAGCGAGCCAGCAGGGAUAUAACUUGUUUUUGUCCCUCACUAAAUAAGAGAGAAAAAUAGGUAGUUCAUUGUGCCAAGCAUAUGUACACAUACCUCACUGUAAGUGCUACGGUUACUGCCUCAAAACAUUAAACCAAAGGUACAUGUGCUAUGAAAACCAGCAUUAUACAUGUUGUUUACAUGUUUAGCUCCAGUUGUUAACUAUUUUUGUAAUUUAAUGAGAUUGUUAUUGUUAUUUGGCCUUAUGUUAAAACUGUACUUUUGCUUUGAAAUUAACAUUUAUUUUCUUUUUCCCUGAUUGUUAGUGAUAGUGAUUAUUUAAAAGAAUAUAAAAAAUGUCUUCUUAAUGAAUUUUGUACUUUAAUGUUGUAACAUUAAAAUAACUGAACAUUUCA